AUGGGAUGGAGCUUCCACGAUGGAAAUCAGAUCCCAAUUACACAGAGAUCAACAGCAAGGAAGCACAUAGCAUCACCGCUAAUAGCUGAAGGACUAGCGAUCCGUUACACCCUAGAACAUGCCCUUGAUCUGAGUUUCUCCUCCUUGCAUGUGGCCUCAGAUUCACAGAAAAUCGUUAGAGCAAUCAACUCAGGAAGCCCGCUAUCGGAGAACUAUGGGAUCCUUCAAGAUAUCGCUCAUCUCUCUUCUCUGUUUGUCGAUGUAAUUGUCGUUUCAAUUCCCAGAGAAGCCAAUUUGCUGGCUGAUUCUCUCGCUAAACAAUCUCUCCGUGCUCUUGAGCAGUUGGGGAGUUAA